AUGCCUGCCGCCAAAACCGAGGAAAGAGGCGAGUCUUCGACCGCUGCGUCGAAGGCAGCUAUGACCUCAUCGUCAAAUGGCUCUCCGAAUUAUGAAUUGCCAUGGGUCGAAAAGUACCGUCCCGUGUUCUUGGAUGAUGUGGUCGGCAACACAGAGACGAUUGAGCGAUUGAAGAUUAUAGCAAAGGAAGGAAACAUGCCCCAUGUCAUUAUUUCAGGAAUGCCAGGCAUUGGAAAGACAACGAGCGUGCUGUGUCUGGCUAGGCAGCUCCUGGGGGAGUCGUAUAAGGAGGCUGUUCUCGAGCUGAAUGCAAGUGACGAGAGAGGCAUUGAUGUCGUCCGUAAUCGAAUCAAGGGCUUCGCUCAAAAGAAGGUCACAUUACCACCUGGCAGGCACAAGCUCGUCAUUCUCGACGAAGCCGACAGCAUGACAUCUGGUGCCCAGCAAGCGCUUCGCCGAACCAUGGAAAUCUACUCCAACACAACCCGAUUUGCCUUUGCAUGCAAUCAGUCCAACAAGAUCAUUGAGCCGCUGCAAUCACGAUGCGCCAUUCUCCGAUACGCCAAGCUCUCCGACGCCCAGGUUGUCAAGCGAUUACUACAAAUCAUCGAGGCUGAAAAGGUCGAAUACAGCGAUGACGGCCUAGCCGCUCUUGUUUUCAGCGCGGAAGGAGACAUGCGACAGGCUAUCAAUAACUUGCAAUCCACUUUUGCUGGUUUCGGCUUCGUUUCUGGGGACAAUGUGUUCAAAGUCGUCGACUCGCCUCAUCCUAUUAAGGUGCAGGCUAUGCUGAAGGCGUGCUACGAGGGCAAUGUGGACUCCGCGCUAGAUACUCUGAGGGAGCUUUGGGAUCUAGGAUAUUCCAGCCACGAUAUCAUCAGCACUAUGUUCAAGGUGACCAAGACGAUUCCUACACUGAGCGAGCAUUCCAAGCUGGAGUUUAUCAAGGAGAUUGGCUUCACGCACAUGAAGGUCCUGGAAGGUGUUCAAACGCUACUACAAUUAAGCGGCUGUGUUGUACGACUGUGCAAGAUCAACAUGGACCCGAAAAAGUUUCAAGUAGCGGCAAAAUAA